CAUUGUUCAUGUUGUGCACGGACGUCUUCGAGUGACGGACUGUCAAUGGCGGAAAUAGGCUUCCAUAGACAAGACAUUUGCCUGCAAAAACAUUUCUGAAUUUGGAGAAGUUACGUGACUCCAUGUCAAAGUUACAGGGGAAAUAGAUUUUGGCAGACUGCUCCCGCAGCAGGGGAUACAAAUCCUGUCGGGGAUAACUAGACACCCCCUCUGUGAAGUCGGGACUUUUUUCACAGACGUAACGCUUCGCCUUCUGCGGGUUCCGUAGUUGUAGUAAACCAAUGGCGUCCGACAGCGAAGAAGACUUCGUGGUUUAUGGUACGCCGUUGGAGCCGCUGGAUGAAGAUGAGCCACUGAAGAAGCCCAUACCACUCCAUGAGCAGACAGUGAAAGACGAGAAGGGACGAUACCAAAGGUUCCAUGGUGCAUUCACUGGAGGAUUCUCAGCUGGAUACUUCAACACUGUUGGUUCUAAAGAAGGCUGGACCCCAUCAACCUUUAUUUCAUCACGGCAACAGAAAGCUGAAAAUCACAAUGCAAGGCCAGAAGACUUCAUGGAUGAGGAGGACUUCAGUGAGCACGGCAUUGCUCCCUCUCAAAUCACCACCAGUCAGGAGUUCUCGUCCGGCUGCAGAGAUGAGGUCAGAGAGAAGACAAGAGCUGUCAUUUCUCAGAUGGCGCUGAUCCCGGGAGACAAUCUUCUGGAGGAGUUAAUCACACCUGCCAGGUUGUCCAUCGGAGUGGAGCUGCUGAGGAGGAUGGGAUGGAAAGAGGGUCAGGGCAUUGGGCCUCGUGUGAAGAGAAAACUUCGACAACGGCAAAAGGAAGGUGGAGCUAGAGUUUACAGCUGUGCUCUGCCCCAUAUUGGUUCAGAGGGGUCAGAGGACGAUGACGAUGAGGAAUUUGCUCCAGAGAACGUGACCUUUGCUCCGGUGGAUGUGACACCAGUGGACUUCAGCCCUAGGUCAGGAGUUCAGGGUCUGGGGUAUCGCGGUCUGAACCCAGGUCUGGCACUGCUGGGCCAUGGAGCUGCUGAACACAUAAAUCUAUUUAACCCUGAGUCUGAGACAAGGAGUCAACUGUUUGGAAAUGCACAAAAAACAUCUCGUAAGGGUAGAAUCUCUGGACAGGCAUUUGGGGUGGGCGCUCUGGAGGAUAAUGAUGAUGAUGUCUAUCAUAAAGACUCCAUGACAAGAUACGACACAGUCCUGGGAGGGGAGGAGCCCGGGGAUGGACUGUAUGGCUGGACGGCACCGCAGCAGUACAACAACAGAAGAGACACAAGUAAAGCUUUGUCAUACCUCGGCAAAAUCCCGGAGGGAUUUACAGUGGCUCUAAAACACACCAAGGAGAAAAUGAUUUUUCCACCCCCCGUGUUGCCCCCUGAUUUUAGACCUGUCCAUGGCUUCCAUCCAUCACUUUUGGGCACCACUGCAGUUAGUCCUGCGUUGCGGCAAGCUCUGGCAACCUCCAGAGGUCACAUGGUGAAAGAGGAGCCACAACAAGGAGGACGGCACCAAUUGGACUCCAGCCAGAGGAGGGCACUGCUGGGAGAGGAUGUCCUGCACAGUUCCAGUUCAGUGAUGGAGCUGCUGAGGCCUGAAGAUAGACAGCGACUCUACAACCUCCAUAAUGACUCCAAGACCACCUCUGCCAAAUGCCAGAAUGCCAUUCACCCAAGUGGGUCAGUGACCAGGUCAACAGUUGUGUCAUUGACGCAGCCUUUGCCUCAGAGCUGCAGCACCCCCUCCUCCAGCCUCCAGGAAGACUCUCUUGCAUCUUGGAGAGGUGUCCAAUCAUCAACACACACAUUCAGACCAUUUGUGAAGAACCCCAGCAAACAAGCACGCUAUGAGCAGUUCCUGUCCCGCCUCAAACACGGAGACAAAGAUGCUGUGGAGCAGAGUCUGGACCCAGGGAUGACAGAGUGGGAACGCAGCCGGGAGAGGGACGAAUUUGUCCGGGCUUCCAUCCUGUACCAACCCACCUCCUCCUCGCUCUCCUCCCGUUUCACUGUAGCGCAGCACCAGGAAGAUGAUGAUGCAGUGGAAGUCUGUCGGGACGAGGAGGGAGCUGUUGACAACAAACAAGCUGCUGUCAAGAUGAAGAUGUUUGGAAAACUGACCAGAGAAAUGUUUGAAUGGCAUCCAGACAAACUGCUCUGCAAGAGGUUCAAUGUCCCUGACGCCUACCCUGGGUCAGGUGUGGUUGGUCUGCCAAAGGUGAAGAGAGACAAGUUUUCAGUCUUUAACUUCCUGAAUGUCACAGAAAGUAGAGAGAUGACAGCUCCCCUAAAGCCUCCAGAGAUGAGGAAGAAGUCCAGAUGGGAUGUUUCAGAACAAGAGGAGCUGGACAAAGAGGAUGAACUGCCAACUUCUGCUUCAACUGCUUCACCGAACAGCAUCAGUGAUCAGACUCAGGCUCAGAAGAGGAAAGAAGAUGAUAAAGAGGAGCAGCAGAAGGAGGAGGAGGAGGAGGAGGAGGUGGUGGUGAGUCGGCCUCCUAUGGAUCUGUUUAAGGCCAUCUUUGCCUCCUCUGAUGAUGACUCCUCUUCAUCAGAAGUAGAGAGUGAGGAGGAGGACACAAAGGAGGGUGAAGGAAAAAAUGACCUCCACCCUCUGAACCUCUUCAACGUCCCCUCAACAUCUGUGACCUCCUCCAUCACCUCCUGUUCCUCCCAGAAAACAGUGGUUUUCUCUCAGACAUCGAUGCAGGAAGAGUUUGGCCCAAGCCUGCCACCCCCUUCAGGUACUGACACCAGAGGAGGUGCCACCUCCCACUACUCCUCCAGUACAGAAGACAAACAAAGAAAGAAGAACAAAGAGAAGAAAGUCAAGAAAAAGGAAGGCAAACACAAGAAAGACAAGAAGAAAAAAAAACAAAAGAAACAUAAACACAAAGAAAAGCAUCAGAAAAAGAGUAAGGAGGAAGAAAGCAGUGAUGAGGACAGUGAGGGACAUGUUUCUACAGAGGAGCUGCUGAAAAGACUGAAGAGCAUCCCAUAGUGUCAGCAACAUCAGACCUGGUGAAGGACAAUGAGGAUGUUCUACUCGUUUCUAAAUUUGUUUGUGACACAGGAAAAUUAAAAUGUCAUUCGUGUUUGAUUUUGAUUGUUUAGGAAAAGAAAAAUUGCAAUUAAAUAGUAUCCAGUCUUUGUAUCCAGUUGUGUUAUUUAAUCAUAUUAAGUGUGUAGUUUGAUGUAGAAUCAAAGAGUUGUUGUGCUGUGUGCUCCCACACUCCGCAAAAAAGGAAGCUGAAGAGGAAAAUGUGGACAUUUUAAACAAUUUCUUUUAAGUCAAUUUAUCACUAAAGAAUGAUUUUCAUCAAAACUUAGCAGAGAUAUCCGUAAUACUAGUAUCUCAUUGGUAAAGUUAUCUUUUUGAAAUAAUUUUUUUUUAAGACCAGUACAUUUUAUAUAAUUUAUUUAAUGUGCUGCAUUAAUUGGGAUCAACUAUUAUUAACUCGGGUCUUUUUAUACAUGUAUUACAUGAACACAUUUUUUCUUUUUGGAUCACAUGAUAAUACCAGUUGGACUGUAUUUUACAAACCAAUAACAAACGUAUUUACCUCAAAAUAAUGGUGCACUAAAAUAGAAAACAUCACCGGAAAUUGUAUAAGUACUAAUUACCUCAAGCAUAUUUUUGUGUUUUGAAAAUUCAUGAAAUUCAUGGAGCUAAUACAAGCUCACGUGGUACACCCUGGACAGAUCAGAAGUCCAUCACAGGGCCAUCAUACAGAGGCAAACAAUGAUUGAUCCUCACAUUCACACCAGUGUCCAAUUAAUCUAAUCACCAAACUGCAUGUUUUUGGACUGGGAGGAAUGCACAGAUGAGCAGGGCGAGUGGGCCCAAUUCUCAGAGCUGAGAGCUUUCACUGAAAAUCAACCAAUGUGCAGCGUCAAAUACCAUUGCAGUCAAUAAAAAUUAUUUCAAAUACAAUUUUUAUGGUUAAAUUAUGACGUCAAAAUGUGCCUGAAAUGUGUUGACCCACUGGGCAACGGCCCAGUAUUCCCGAUGGCCAGUCCAGGCCUGCCAUUGAAGCACGGCUGCAAGCUGUGCAGUAUCGUUGGCAUUUUGGUGGCAGUGAUGCAUGAGUCAUUCUGCCCAUAGCAGCACAAGAUGCAGAGUAGGAUAGUUGUUCCCCUCCAGUUCAUGCUGAGCAUGAUAAAAGGGUUCCAAAAAUGACACUAAGAUGCCUGAAGUGUCGGGAGUUACACACACAACAGCGUCUGCCCCUCUCCAUCAAGCAGGCAGCCAGAUUUACUUUUCACCACACGUUAACAGCAAUGAUUCACAACAAACAACAUAUCAUUUCCAACCUGCAAGAAAUGCAGGUUUCUGGCCCGACCCGUUACUAGAACUCUAUCCCAGGGAUACGAGUUUUACUGCGUUCAAAUAUUUGAAAGAAUAAUAAUCUGAAUCUACAAUUUUAUGAAAAUUUUAAAUCGAACAGUGAAAAGCUCAUCAGCAAUAAUGUCAAAAUAAUGAUAAAUGAGACAAAAAAUAUAAAAACAUAACAUACAAAACUUAUGUGCUGAGGCUUACCUAACAUAAUGUUAAUUUAGAAAACUGGAAAAGUAGAGAGAAACAUCUCUUGGCCUUUAGGAGUGUUCCUCAUUGUUGUUCCAUUGAGGUUGUGCCCAAGAUCCAGUGGCAUCCUUCUCAGUCUGUACCCCAAUGACCUUCUGUGCAGAUCAGUAGCUCUGAAGUCCAAAUGUGCAAUCCUUCAGUCGAGUGGAAUAAUAACUAUCUGGGGAAAACCAGGUCUCACGAGUAGAGACGGCAUCUAUCCUGCUAUGGAUGGAGCUGCUUUCUUAUCUAGAAAUUGCAGACGCAGACGUGUUCAUCUUCCUGUUUACCCGAGGAGAUUCAAGAAAAUGGCGGGUAGUAUUAUAAGUCCAGCACCAUUAUAUUUAAAAGCAGAUGUGUGGGAGCAUUUAGGUUUAAAAAAAAAAAGGAGAGCGAGCACUUGGAUAAAAGUAUUGCGGUUUGCAAGCUGUGUCACACAAAUGUGAAAUAUAGUGGAAAUACCACCAACCUACGAGCCCACCUAAAACGUCACCACCCGGAAAAGGUAACGCUAACUGAGGGACCCAAGAAGCUGUGGCGUGACCCAAAACAAACCAUGCUGGAUAGCGAUGGCGGUUGUUCCUACAAGUUCCCGUCUACUUCACCUACCAUGGUUUAUUUUACUUUCCUGUUGGCUAGAUUGUUAUGUUGUUAUGAUAUGUUAAGAAUCUGUUCAGAACAGGCCACUUGUUGCACUUUUUGAGUCUUGAUUGUUCUUUUUAAUACUGCACUUUAUUUACUUUUAAGAGGCUUGUAAACUACAGUUUGCACUUUAAUAAAUGGAUCUUAUUUUCUCA